AUAAAGAUAGAUUCCGGUUGCAUACUUGUCGGUAUUGAAAAGUAUUAGGCUUCAUCGAUAAACAAUGUUUACAAUUGUUGUCUUGGUUAUUUCAUUAUGUACUCCGGCAAUUGAUGCUUUGCAACCAGCAGGAUGCGAAAAAAGAUUCCAGGAUUUUGGAGGAAAGGUUUCCACUUUUGAAUGCCCCGCAAAUUGUGAUAUCGGAGAUGUGUAUGUUGUAGGUGGACCAGAUGCUUUUCAACCUGAUUCUCUGGUUUGUGCUGCUGCUAUUUUUACUGCUGCAGCUCCAGUUUCAGGAGGAAAAGUUGUUUUUCGAAAACAAACGUCAAACCCUGUUCCGACAAUGGAGACGGGGUCAGCAAACGGGGUUAACACGAUAGAUCCUGCCACUGCACCAACAACCAACACCGUAUUCUUUGCGUUUGAGGAUUCAAUUCCAUCUGAUUGUGCAGUUGCAGCAGAAGAUAUUGAUCAGGAAGUUUUUGUAUUUAACUGCCCAGCUAACUGCGAAUCAAACACUGACAUAAGAUCUGACCUUGUUUUUGAUGUUCCAAAAUCAAUAUUCGCGGUUCAAUCGCUCAUUUGUAUGGCUGCACUUUAUGACGGAAAAAUAACAACUGGGGGUGAUGUUGUGGUUCAGAAACAACAAGGGAUUUUAUCAUACGGCGACGCCAGCGGCAGUAUUUCUGGAAUUGACCCGGUGCCGUUAGAUACGUAUGAUCCUGCGUUUACAUUUUCAGAUACAAUAAAACCAGGUUGCUUACAAACCAUGUCAAGCCAACCAAAUCCAAUCUUCUUCUUCACUUGCCCGACUGACUGCAGCCCGAACCUGGUUGAGAUCGUGGGAGACGGAAUCUACAAUGACGGAACACCAAUAUGCCUUGCAGCUAUUCAUGAUGGACAGAUAACCGCUGCUGGCGGAGGUGACGUAAUUGUGAAUAAACGCCCAGGUCAGUCAGGAUUUAGUGGAAGCACACGUAAUGGUGUCACCAGUAUCAGUGGAGGACCAGACGAUGGUUUUGAUUUUCUCGACUGCAUCAACGGAUCUCCUACAAGUUCUCCAUCGGUAGGUUGUUCUUGUACUGCGACUUGGUUCGGAGAUGCGUGUGAUAUAAUGUGUGUUGAAGGAAAUUACGAUGCAGCGAAUAAUCCAGCAUGUACCUGCAAUUCUGGAUGGGUUGGACCUAUGUGCAAUUUCCCAUUAUGUUAAGCACUACUGAAGAAGACUGAAGAAAAUAUAAUUUUUUGAUUCUGCUCAUAUUUACAUUAAUAUUACUUGUUUUAAAUUUACGUUAAGUUCCAAAUGAAAUAUCCUCGUAAUAUUUGCGAGAAUGUAGGUUGAGAAAGUAAAUUUCAAUCGACACAUAAAUAUAUUUACAUAUAUAUAUAUAUUACAUUUCU